AGUCUAUUCAUAUAAUGGAUACACGCAUCAGGAAUAUGGCACAGUUGUUGGACAAUGAUCAGUUUUUGGAAAAAGUUGGGGUGACCACAAAAUACAGUCUACAGGGUGAUCAUCCACCAUGGCAAGAUGUUACUAUGUCUCAUCUAGGACCAGAUAAUGGAUUGCUGGUAAUGCAUAUCAAUAAGACCCAAGAUCUGCUGAGAGUGCAAAUGAAGAAAAUACAGUCUAAAAAGGUGCAAACCACAGAAGAAUGGCUAAGAAACUACAGUUUGGAAUCCUUGCAAUUAACAUUAGAGCAUCUGCUAAACGAAGGCAAUAUUAUUUUGAAUUCAAGAAAUGAUGUUGAAGAGAUAGAGUUUACACAAGAGACUGUUAACGAUUUUGAGUCCAGGCUUUCUGAAGUGAUUGAACUUUAUCAGCAGCGAAUUCAGUGGCUGUUGCAGGACAGCAGAAAGGUGUUUGGCCUCAUAAAAGGAACCAAAGUCGGACUUGUGGUUGAUGUGUCCAGUAUGAGUCAUGGACCUAGACUACGGGAUUUUCAGAAGGACCUUUUGUCCUUAAUAGAUGAACAGCUAUGUUAUAAGAAGCAAUUGUACUGCCUCUCAUUCAGUACAGAAAUUUCACCUCUGUGGGAGAGUCCAAAAACCAUCAAUGUUCAUGUGCUACAUGAAGCAAGGCAGUGGAUACAACAGCUGGAGCCUGGUCAAGGCUGCAAUUUGCUGAAAGCCUUGAAACAUGUCCUUAUGGUGAAAGAACUGAAUUCUCUGGUUCUUAUUGUAGGAAGCUGCCCUGAUCAGUCUUCGGAAAUAUUGUCUGGCUAUGCUCAGCAGUGUAUGCUGGGGAGAAAACUGCAGACUCAUGCUGUUACAUAUGAUUGCAGCAAUCCUGCUUCUCUUGCAGUUCUAAAGAACCUUGCAGAAGCUGUAAGAGGCUGUUAUCAUUGUUACUCUUCAAAGGGAGAGAAUUUUGAUAGCAGUGAUGUUCAUUUGCUACUUCAGGAAUCCCAGAAGGCUAAGAACCUACUCAAGAGCAUCAAACAGACUGUUCAAAGAAUUGGUGGCUCACUUAUUAGUAGAAUAACAGAUGUUUCCAGAGAAUUUGCAAAUACAGCACCCUCCAACUUCUUACUAAAGCCUCCAAAGCAUGAAGGACCAUUAGUUAUUCAAACACCAUGCGUCCUGGCCAAAACCUCAACAGACUGGUUAAAGACAAAUGGAUUGAAAGCUAAAAAGUUAAACCUUUAUCAAGUUUUGGCUCCCAAUGCCUUCUCUCCCGUGGAAGGAUUUGUACCUAUUCUUAAAAAAACAGUGUCAUCAACUCUACACGAGAAAGCGAUGAUGCAGUUUGAAUGGUAUGAUGGAACUGUGAAAAAUAUCCACGUUGACCUGCCAGUAUUAUACAACUAUCAGAAACUCCUUGCUAAAAUGGUAAGAAUCUAUGAGAAUCGAAUUGACUGGCUGUCUGCUGCUAGCAGAAGAAUAUGGGGAAGUGUUUGUGAAAGGAGGGUGGUUAUACUUGUUGAUAUAUCAGUGACAAACUCUAUGUACAUCAUCCACAUCCAGCAUUGUUUGCGACUUUUACUUGAGGAACAAAUGUCAAAUAAGGAUUACUUCAAUAUUAUAGCAUUUGGGAGUGAUGCUGUGCCUUGGCAACUGGAGCUGGUUCCUUCACAACCAGAAAACUUACAAAAUGCUUGGAGGUGGGUGUUGAGCUUGCAGUGCAAAGGGAGUAGGAAUUUCAUGAGUGCUCUCAGGAGAGCUGUGGAAGUAGACUUCAAAGACAAAGAUAAACAUGAAUCACAAGGACUUUACCUGCUGACUACUGGAAUACCUGAUCAGGAAGCACACACAGUCAGUGCUUAUGUGGCUGAGGUUUGCAGAGGUUUUGAUUUGCAGCUUCAUGUCUGUCUGUUCAGUGUAAUGGAGGAUGUUGACUCCAGUGGGAUUAUUCCAGCCCGCUAUGCUAAUCCAGUUGAAACUGCCAAUGCUUUUAAAGAAAUAGUACAAGCAGGCAAUGGGAGAUUUCACUGGUUUGGAGAAGAAGGUAUUUUUGAAAGUGAUGAUAUCACUGUUAUUGUGUCUGAAAUGGAGAAAGCAAACAACUACUCCCAAAAGUGUGCAUUCCUAGUGGAAUCCUUAAAGCAACGUUCGGUAACUCAGUCUGUUCGUCCAUUUAUACCUGAAGGAGACUCAAACAUGCUUAUGAAGAAAGAGAAAAGGCGGCCACAGAAGUUGCCAUCUCCUAAACCCACAGCUCUGAGUCUGGCUAGAAUGUAUAUCAAAGACAACCAUGGUGCAGAGAGAAAUGCUUCCCUAAGAGUAUUGGCAUGGCGUCCUACUAGUGCCAAAGCAGAAAUUCCACCAGCACAAGCAAUAAAAGAAUUCCCUCAGACUGAGAAUAAAAGAAAGCAUAAACCAAGGAAGCAGCCAGAGUUCUCUGUGUCAGUAUUUUAUACUGAUAAAGGAAGACAUGUGGGUACAGUAUACCGAAAGUAUCCAAAGAUAACAUGCAUAAGAAAGUCUGUUCCUUCUGUUACAUUGCCAAAAAAAGAGGAAAUCUGUUCAAGCAAAGAGUGGCUGACCAAGUACAGUAUUAAAAAGCUUAAACUGGAAUUGCCCAGACUGAUGUUUGGUCCAGGCUGUACUCACCAAAAGAAAGCUGUGGAGUCUCUGCACAAGAAAGUAUCAGCAAAAUACUGUACUAUCUUCCCGAGUGUAGAAAUCAAUGGGGUUGUGAAACAUUUGCAGUUUCAGUCUAAAGAACUGGAAGUCUACACUGAACAACUGGAGAAAGUGUUGCAGCGCUAUAUACAAAGAAUACAGUGGCUUCUGUCAGGAAGCCGAAGAUUGUUUGGUACGAUUUUAGAAGCAAAUAUCUGUGUUUUGAUUGAUACCUCUGGUUCUAUGGACUCAUAUUUGCCACAUAUCACAAAAGAACUUGCCUCUCUUAUCUGGGAACAGCUGAGAAAAAAUGAAGUCAGGUUUAACCUGCUGAGAUUUGCAGAACAUACAGAGAGUUGGAAGGAGUGUCUCGUAAAGGCAACUGAUGAAACAUGUCAUGAUGCUGUGCAGUGGGUGUCCAAAUCCCACGCUCAUGGUAAUACAUGCAUCCUUAUGGCUUUACAGAAGGCUCUCAGUUUCCAAGGUGUAGAGGCACUGUAUGUAUUGACUGAUGGAAAACCAGACACCAGUUGCAGUCUGAUUUUUAAAGAAACUGGAAGAUUGAGAAAGAAACAAGAUAUUAAAAUCCACACCAUUUCUUUUAGCUGUACAGACAGAGGAGCUAAUGAAUUUCUGAAGAAGCUUGCUUCCCAGACAGGAGGGCGCUACCAUUGCAGCUUUGGAGAUGUGGAUGGACAAUUAGCAGCACACAGAAUGUUGACAGAAGGGCUUGAUGAUGAAGAUGAUCCAGUUUUCCCUUACUUUGAAGGAGAUGAUUUAAAGAAACUUACUCAAGAAGUAGCAAAAGCUAGAAGUUUCUUAAAGCAGGCAAAAUCUUUGAGGUUAUUAUUACAAAAAUGGAAUAUAAACCAGAAGGACAAUUCAGGCUUUAAAAAAAGGGCUCAGGAUUAAAUUUUAGAUGGAGAAAAGAUGCUGAAGAGGUUUGGAGUGGUACCACAUGCCAGCUUCUUUUCAGAGUGUGCUUAAAGCUUCCAUCUUCAAGCAGAAAGAGGGAAGGUGUAUUUGUUGUCUUUGAACUUCUGGCAAGAGAAGGAGUUACAGAUGAUAAGUGCUGUUGACUUACUCCACUUGCAGACUUUGCAGGAUGCAAAGUAAAUGAAGCCCUGAACUCUCCAAAGUUUAAACAUAAGUAGAGAAUAUUUUUCAAUAUAGCUGAUACAAAUUUUAAAAGUGUAUCUAUUUCUAAUAUAAUUAGUAGUUGUAUAGGGUCACAACUUUUGUUUCUCUUUUAUUCUACUGCAUCAUACUAUUAAUUGCUUCAAUUAGUGGUGGUAUGUCCAAUAUGGGGUUUUUGGCAGUUGGUUUGAGACUUCUUUACUGGUGCUCAUUAUCCCUAACAGAUGGGACAGAUGGCACAGAUGGCUGUGACAUAGAAAGAGAAUUCUUUAGCCAGUUUUGCAUAGGAAAUCUAAGAAAUAACCUUAGUGCAGAAAAGAAAGCUUGGAAUGAAUGUUGUUGCCAAUAGAAGUUUGCUAAUAAUUAUUUCGACUCCUUGGUUUUUGUGUUGGCAGUAGAGAAAGAUUUAGAGUUGAUGAUUCAGAACUCAUCAGACAUUCAAGCAAGUAGUGUCUUGCUGCUGAUAAAGCCUGAUUAUGUUUGUGUAACCAGACACUGCCAUUCUUCUACGUGAUUCUGUUAAGUUUUUAUGUUUCCUGUCCUAGAAAGAUUAAAAGCAUUUGCCAGUACCAUAUGAGAAAAUUCCGUUUAAGCUAAUUGCAGUAAUGAGGCAUAUAUUUUUCCAGUUGAUUUAUGAAACACACUUUUUUUUUUACUGAGAAACUGCAAUGACAAAUCACUGGUGUUUUGCAGGUGUUUACUGUUGUCUUUCAGGUUAGGAAUAGGUGUUUAAUAUAUGUAGUAUUUAACAAAAAUUGAUUCAGACUGCAAAAUUCGGGUACUUGAUCUGAAUUUAUUUAGGAGCCAUUUGCAUCUCCUGAGUGCCAGCUGAUGGGAUAUACUCUGAUAUGGGAAAUACUGUCUUUUCUGUUCUUACAUCUGUUUAGUCUCCUUAAAUAAUUAAAAUUACUUCUAUCAUAAAAGCCUCAUUUUAGUGUUGUAUGUUCUGCACCAGCUGACUCCUGCAUUCCAUGCUAGUAUCAGCCUACUGUGGAAUACUACAGUUAAGAUAGUGCUUUGUGCUCUGCAUCACUUUCUGUGAUUUUAUUAGUAAUGUGUUGGUAUGUGUGUAACUGCUGAGAUGCUUUGAUAU